UUUAAAGAGGAACACAAAGAGGAAUGUUGUACAAUAUGAGGAGAAGAAAAACGCUAAUUUAAGAGUUUAUUUUUAUAACCGCACUCGGAGCAGCAUUAUGAUUACCACAGUGGUUGGGAGCUGCGUUUGUCUAGCCUUUUUUCUCCUUCUUCUAGGGUUGUGAUUGUAUUUUGCAAAUCAAAUCAUUAGAGUUGUUCAGCUGGUUCUCCUGUUGGAUCGUCUCGGCGUAAUUAUUGCUUUGUUUUGUGGCUUCAUGCAAGCAGUUGGCGUCGAUUGCUGGGUGCUUGUUGCUUUCUUGUGGAAUCAGUGGCCAAGACGGCAGACUAACAUUUCUUAGGGAACCGGGCCUGAACUGCGUCUGAGGUGAAUCUCGAUGAACUCCUUGUCUGUUGAAUACAUUGUCUAAUGCACGACCGGGCUCUGGAUAUGAACAACGUUUAAUCCCGGAGCUGAUAACUUCAUAUUCUGUUGUCUGAACUGGAAUAGGCCACUAUGAAUCGCUUGAGGAGAAGGAAACUGUCUACGUUUACCAUUCAAACACAAGGCAAUGAACUCCCCCAUGAUGCCUCAAACAGAAAGACCUCGUCAGUAGUUUACCACAGGCAUGCCCUGGACUUGGGUAUCUGUCCACGAAUGGUACGUCACACGACGGACCUACGUAUGCUGGACUGGAAACGGUACGGCUGGGACAAAGCUGGUCUCGAACCCAGGCAGAGGAUCAGGGGAUGGGCGGGAUUUUUUAAAAACAACAAGAGGGAGUCGGAGACACGACCCUGUAGAAAGACGAAACGCACCUCCUGCAGUUUGUACACUCUUGAGGAAGAACGUAUACCUCUGACAUCGAGAUCACUUCCACCGCUACCAACAAACGGACUGGGUGAACCAAUGUUGAGGAGGCCGACAGUUAUCCCUCCUCACCCCGUCACCGAAGGUGGGGAGAUUUUCAAAAUGAUCACCAAAGGGCGUGAGCUCAAACCGUUCUCUUUCGAAGAUGACCCUGCUAAAGCGAAUAAAUUCUACGACACGCACUUUCCUCUGUUGUGCAAGAAGCUACGUCAAGGCUCACUUCCGGGAUCUGCGCGCGCAGUGACACAGCUUGACGUUGAUCCGGCUCGAGUUAGCAGUGCUGAGAGGCGGACUCGAGAUCUUCUAGAUAGGAUGUCGGACGCUGAACGUCUUCUAGCCGAGAUUGAGUGCGAUUCGGAUAGUUCAGAAGCGAUGGUCACCGAAUUGAGAGAUGUGACCUUUGACCCUACUUCAUGGUCGUGGAACAAGGAAAGGUACGCAGUUCCCGACGGUUACACCGUCAAUACCAGGCCUUCUAAACCCAACGCUGGGAUAAAAGUGAACAGAAAUUAGGACAAGUGAUGAACGCUUUCCUUCAGAUACGUUACAUUUGCACUAGUUCGCAUUAGGCUUACUACUAAAAGCCGGAACGAUUGGGCCAUAUUGCAAACUACAGUAAUAUAACAGGCCCACGGAUGUCAUGUUUGCGGAUAGUUUUCCUCAAAUGUAUUUCAAUUAUAUUGUCUUUAAUGCAACAGCGUUGUGCGUCAUAAUUUUCAUACAAAUAUUUCUCGUUGAGGUCAACAGAGCGCUGAUUUAUCUUUGUCUCGCUCAGUUUACGAAUAUAAUUCUACGGCUCCGAAUUCAGCUUUGCACACCCUUCACACCCGAGGAGCAAAUCGUGAUGUUGACUAGAGAAUUUAAAAAAAAGAUAUGAGGGGUAAAUGGGCGAACAGACUGAACAAUGUUCGGGUUGUGAAGUCGAGGAACGUCAUAAAGUUGUAACGAGCAACUUGUGAUUUCUCAGUGCGGUUCAAUAUCCAGUGACGUGGAGACACCAUUUUGACCUUUAUAACACUCACCUCGAGGAAUAUGUAUUAGGCAGAAAUAUCAAGGGAGGGUAGGGCUACCUGGCAGCUAAGCCCUUGCAGGGUUGGUGGUGAUGGCGUCUUAGCGUAGAGGACCUAUGACACUUGCCUCCAAUCCUAAAGGUCCACUAGAGUCCGACUAGAGUCCUUCCGGGAGAUUUCAGACAUCUCAGAUACUCACCUUUACUUCCACCUUUUUUUAUCCUCUGUUGUCAAUAAGCGUCGAGGGGAAAUGCAGUUUUCUAUGGUAUGCCAGCUCUGCAGCUCUGUCAGUUUGGAUUUUAAUAUGAUUUCUCAGGGUUUCUUUGACGCCCCCAAUCUAUCUUUUGCGUGGCCUUCCUUUUUCCUUUAGAAACUUCUCUGAUACUUUCUCAAAUCCAACUGGGACGGACACUACAUCGGAGAAGCAACAUAAUAAGUGUAAUUAGUAUUCUUUUUAGAAUGAGAGGAUAGGGGAGGUACGGGAGAGAGUUGCCAGAAGCAGCCAGCACUCCGUGAGUUCACACGGUGAACGCAUAGAAGGGUUUAUCUUGUCUGUAGUGACAGGCAAAAAAAGGGGGGGGGGAGUCUCCUUUUUAUGUAAGUGUUUUUACGCCACCAUUGACACAAUUUAGAUCAUUUAAGGGAGCGGGCUUCCAUCCCCCGCCUGUCAGGGCCAACCUGGGCUGAGAGGGAUACAACAUCCCAGCAGAAAGACCGAGAUUUAAAAAAAUAAAAAUUCUCCCUACUUGGGAAUAGAACUCCGGUCUCCUGCGCGCGAAGGCGAAGCACCUAACCACUACGCAGUUGGCGCCUGCGGGAUAUCUCAACUCUUUGAAAUGUUUAGUAUACUUAGGUCAAUAUGCGUCUUUCCAGCUUCUCAAAUUGAAGUUUGCAUGUUCACUUACAACAUACCUGGUUCAUACUUAAGGAAACGACGACGACCAUGACUCACAGUAUGACCAUACGGACAAUUUAUUGUAUUCACAUUAAGUGAUAGGAUUUCCAAUAAAUAAGAUACAAGUACAUGUAUUGCA